UAAUGCCAUAGUUGUCCUGGAUCUCAUUUGUUACACUAAUACACUAUGUAUGUCUAAUUUCAAAGUGCAUUAGGCCUAAAGGAGAAAGCACUUGUGUGGUGUGGAAAUUGGGCUUAUUUAAGCUACAAUUGGCAAAUAUAAUAAGGGCAGCACUAAUAACCAAGAAGUCAUGGUAGGAAUUUCAAAAAAAUCUGGACCCCAUAUGGUAAGAUUUCAAUAUUUAUUUGUUGUCUAGUUUUAUUCAUUUUGAACACUCUGGAAUCAAGAACCAGGCCAAAUUCAAAUUGGGAAGAAAUUACUUUCCAAUGUUUCAAGUUUGAGUCCAUUUUUCUGUUUACUGUUUUAAAUGUAAGCAGAAAUCUAUGUACUUAUUAUGUAAGUAGUACAUACAGGGAUGGUUAAUUACAUACAGGGAUGGUUAAUUACAUUGUUAAAUUUCAGUUGAGAUUUUCUGAAUUAGGUACAUUUAAAAAAUCUAAAUUAUAAAUAGAGUUUUCUCAUUAUAGGUGUGUUCUCACUCACAAGAAAUAUAAACCAGUCAGAGCGUUUUUGAUUGGUGCAAAUUGCCAACAACCAGUUUUCUGACAAUUUUCAACCAAUGAAAUUCGCCUUGACUGGUUUGGAAUUUCUAUGACUAGUUGAAAACAGACCUAUUGAGAUUUUCUCAAUUAUAUUUGAAAAAUCUGAAUUACAUUACUGAUACAUACUGAAUUACAAUUGAAAAAGGUCACAACAAGGUGUAGUGGUUACCUGGCAGGAAAUAAUUGGCCCAGCAGUGUGGUGAAACUCGCAAAAGAAAAUACACUUUAUUACGCCCUCCUUGCUGCUAGGAUAGGGCUUUUUGGGAAAAAGAUUCAUUGUUAUUGUUAAUAAAUUGGUUAUUGAUUGCCUUCAAUGAACUAAACAAGUAAAUUGAGUUCACUGAUGGAUAAAAUUUGACAUUUUUCCUAACCUCACAAAUCUUGUGUGUGUGUGUAGUUUUUCUUGGUUUUUCUUUUGCAAAGAAAAUCUUGCUGCUGAAAAAUGGGUAUUCUAGAGAAAAUAUCCGAAAUCGAAAAAGAAAUAUCGCGUACCCAAAAGAAUAAAGCAACCGAGUACCAUUUGGGUCUCCUGAAGGCAAAACUAGCCAAGUACAGGUCUCAAUUACUGGAACCCUCUAAAAAAGGUGAAAAGGGCGAAGGAUUCGAUGUAUUAAAGAGUGGAGACGCUAGAGUGGCCCUUAUAGGCUUCCCUUCAGUUGGAAAGUCAACAUUGCUUUCUACACUAACAAAAACCGAAAGUGAAGCUGCCUCCUAUGAAUUCACAACUCUAACUUGCAUUCCAGGAGUAAUCGAUUAUAAUGGGGCAAAUAUUCAAUUACUAGAUUUGCCAGGUAUCAUUGAAGGUGCGGCACAAGGCAAAGGUAGAGGUAGACAGGUAAUAGCUGUGGCACGCACUGCCGAUUUAGUUUUAAUGAUGCUGGACGCCACCAAAAAGGAUGUCCACAAAGACUUACUGGAAAGAGAGCUGGAGAGUGUCGGCAUCAGACUAAACAAGCAAAAACCCAAUAUUUAUUUUAAAAUUAAAAAGGGGGGUGGUAUUUCGUUUAACUCGACUUGUCCUUUGACAAAGAUUGAUGAAAAGUUGGUCCAAUUGAUUUUGCACGAGUAUAAAAUUUUCAAUGCGGAAGUGCUUUUUCGUGAGGAUUGCACUGCUGAUGAACUAAUUGAUGUCAUUUGUGCUAAUAGAGUGUAUCUUCCUUGUUUGUAUGUUUACAAUAAAAUUGAUCAAAUAUCUAUUGAGGAAGUGGACAGGAUUGCUAGAAUGCCUACUAGUGUAGUUGUAAGUUGUAAUAUGAAACUAAAUCUAGACUAUCUGUUGCAAGUGCUUUGGGAAUUUUUGAGUCUUAUUCGUGUCUACACAAAGAAACCAGGCCAACCUCCGGAUUUUUCUGACGGUCUGAUCCUCAGAAAAGGUGUCACUGUGGAACAUGUUUGUCAUGCAAUUCACAGGACUUUAGCUGCUCAAUUUAAAUAUGCAUUAGUCUGGGGUACUAGUACCAAGUAUUCACCUCAAAGGGUGGGCCUUUCUCACAUUAUGGCCGACGAAGAUGUUAUACAAGUUGUUAAAAAAUAAUUUUUGUAUUUAAUAAAAUAGAAUUACAUUAUUAA